ACUACUAUUCAGCUGUGUUAACCCUGUUACUUUGAGGACCACGGAAGAAUUUGAGGAUGAUUUAGGAGGUGAUAAAACCGGAACAGCUCAUUACGAGGGAUAUAGUAACGUGAUGCGACAUCAAGUAUUCUGUUGUCUUAGUGUAGGAAGAUUGAUUGGUGCCAAUACGUUUUUCCACCCUUCCCCUUAACCUGUGCGACAGUGUAAAGAGAUGGAAUUUGACUCAGGGUCAUCUGUGCUGUUCGUCGGGGAGGGGGACUUCUCUUUCACGGAAGCUUUAAGCAGUCGUAAUAAACUUGCGAGUGAUGUGACACUUAUUGCUACGUGUUUUCACAGAGAUGUCACAGAAAGAGCCAAUGUGAAUAUUGAGAAACUGAGGAAAAGAGGGAUUGAGGUGGUUUUAGGUGUUGAUGCAACCAAACUUCACAUUGAUGGAACCUUGAAAAGUCGGAAGUUCUCCCACAUAGUCUUCAACUUCCCACAUGUUGGAGGGAAAAUGAAGAUCCACUUGAAUCGAACUUUGCUAGAGGAUUUUUUUGCAAGUUCCAGUUGCAUGCUUACUGGUGGUGGCAGAGUCAUAGUAACACUGUGCUCUGGGCAAGGAGGAAUACCGUUGGAUCCAGAGAAGAGGAAGUGGGAUGACACUUGGCAAGUGGUUCUCAUGGCAUCACGCUCUGAUCUAAUUCUGAGAAGAGUUUUGAAAUUUGAUGCCUCACAUUACAGUGGAUAUUCAGCCACUGGUUACCGGUCUUUGGAAAAGGGAUUUGAUCACUCUAGAGCCAUCACCUAUGUGUUUGAGAGAGGUCCAGGUGCAUUAAACUGUUUCCAGUGUGAUCCUUUGCAUACAGAAAAUGUAACGCUUUAUGACGGAUGGUGUAUGAAUCUACCGUACUUUAUAUGUGCUCAGAUACAAAGAAAAGUUUGUUCAGAUUUGAGCACAGUUCCUGGUCAGCUUUGUUCUCUUAUUCAUAAACAAUUAUCUAGAACUGUGUUGACACAAUUUAAGGAUUAUUUAUUAGUGAAUGAAAAGACAGAAUUUAGGAAUUUAUUACAACAUUACAGUAGAUUCUUGUUAACACAGGCUGGUAAACUCAUAUAUGUGUACCCUCUACACAUUUUAAAAAAGUCACCAUUCUCAAUAGGCACUUAUUUCUUAAUUAUGUAUAAGAAUAAAUAUUUUGAUUUUGAAACUAUAUUUUCGGAAAACAUUACAUUAGAAAUAAGAAACCUUAGUAAAUCUUUUCAUUCGUACAGUAAAACCCUUGUUUGGGAAGAUAUAAUUUGUGGUUCGUAUUCUUUGCCUGUUGCUGAUUCUAACCCCUCAGAGUCAUCACACUCAGAAUGUAUGGAUGAAUUGUCCAUGUAUGCUAUAGAUCUUGAGCAGUUAGCAGAAUUUGGUUUGGACAUUGAAAGAAAUGAAUUUUGGGCCCAUGGACAUGAUGUUAUUGCUGAUUGCCAUUGCAUUACUUAUUCACCAAGCAGUUUUUUUCCCAUAGAGUAUGUUUAUGACCUUAGCUUUUGGCAAUGUAAGGCAGAAACAAGUAAAGAUCAGGCCAUCCAGUGGAGAAACUGAGGUGCUAUCAACAGGUCCAAGAGACUGCAGAGUCACUCUUGAUCUUGAUUCUGUUGGUACCAUUAUUGUCAAUGUUGCGCAAGACUUGCUCGUCGAUUAUAAGUUAUUAGGUACUUAUGUGCAUCCAAGAAAUGGGCGAAGGAGCUUUACAUACAGGAUGAGAUACAAAAGUUUCUUUCAGCCUCUGUCUGACUGCAAAGCAAAACAGAUCCAUGCAAACAUUGGGUUAAUAUUAGAAGAAAGAUUGGGAGUGGAGAUCCGUUGAAACGUGUUUGCAUGUGAAGCAUUAUCAUGUAUGAUUUUCAGUGAUUAUAUAGUACAAUGGUAAGCCAUGUCAGGUGCUUGCGAAAGAGUUGUGCAGCUUGUAUGGAAGGGCUCUUAAGUUCAGGUUUUAUGGAAUUGCAGAAUUAAACAGCAGCAAGAGUAUUAUCGAUAGCAUUACUAAGUAGCAUAUCCAGACCACUGAAGAAGAAUAAAUAAGGAUGGACAGCACUCCCUCAAAGGUAAGUCAGUCAAUCCUCUCUCCUAACAAGUGUAUGAGACACAUGAAACAAGACCAAGACCUCUACAUGACCUAGUCUCUUGUAGGAAGAGUAAAAAUAGAAUUUUUCAUUUAAAACUGGCCUUUUUAUGGCCAAGAACCACUCCCUUAACCACACACAAGGAAGAACAAUGAAGUGACGAAGGUGCAGUGGUCUAGAAAACCUUAUAACCACAGUGGAAUUGAUGGCUCUUGUGUGGGAGUAGACAUCCUGUAUCUCAGGACAUCACUGAUUGAGUUCUGCAACAUUUGCAGAUAGUAUGUCAGAAAUCCAGGUUCAUAUUCGAGUAGGAUUCUGUUAGUAUCCUGUAUAUGCACAAAAAUAGCACUGAGUACUGUAAUAUAGGUUGCACUUGUUGGUGUGAAUCUAUUUUGUGAUAUUAUUACUAAGGUUACUUUUGUAAGUGGAUAGUUCUACAAGUAUUUUGUAUACCAAGUUUACUUUUACUUGUUAUUUGAGAGUAUAUUGAAGAAAUUAUUAUAAAUUGAGGUCUUACAUGUGGUAAGAUAAUAUACAUAAUGUGUAAUACUGUGAGCAAACAACUUGACUUGAAGGACAUAGUAUUCUUUAUAACAAUAGGAUUUUUGAGAAUUAAAAAAAAGUCAUGCACAAUCCUAACUCUGUGUAAGUAUACAGAAUGCCAUGAUCAGUAUUGUGCAGAAAGUGAAAAGUGUAAUAUGAAUAUUUGUGGGCAUUGUACGUAAAGUGUCCAGUAUUCUGAAUACGUGUGUAUUUGUGAUCGGUAUUGUACAUAAAGUGUACUUAUUCUGAGUAUUUGUGAUUAGUAUCGUAUGCAAAGUGUAUUCUGAAUUUUGUGAUCAGUAUAAGUAUGUAGAGCGUAUUCUGAGAACUUGUAAGAACCAUUGUUAAUGUCUCUAGACUGCAAUACAGUGCCUUGCUUGUGUAUACAUAUGAAAUACAAAUUCCAUUCCAUU